CGCUAUAUUUCGUCUUCAUUUUCAGCCACUUAUCAAAACCUCACUCGUUUCCUUCGAAAAUAGUGGCUUAGGUUUCUCUGUAGAGAAGAACACUACCGACCCGUCUUCUCUUUCAUCUUUCCGAUGCAUUUGGAAUAGAGCUGAGUUAAUAAUUUAUUGGCGAUGAAAAGGCCAACCUGCCUCUUUUUUGGUGAGGAUUGUGAAAAAGGAAAAUUUCCUUUAGUUGCUUCAGAUUCAAUAGACUACCUGUUGUUACUUCCUCUGCGUCUCUGCAGUAAUAUUAGCUUGUCAUAUUUAAUUUUCCACCACGCGGCAGAUAUGAGAAAGAUUGCAGCAUUUUUAACCAUUAUUCUUUAGAGAGGAUUUGACUGGCCUCUAGUACAUGGACACCUACUCUUCUGGAGAAGAAUUGGUCAUUAAGAUAAGGAAACCAUAUACAAUUACUAAACAUCGAGAGCGAUGGACUGAAGAGGAACACAAUAGGUUCAUAGAGGCCUUAAAACUCUAUGGAAGAGCUUGGCAGCGUAUUGAAGAACAUAUAGGAACCAAAACUGCUAUACAGAUCCGUAGUCAUGCACAGAAAUUCUUCACAAAGUUGGAGAAAGAAGGUCUUGCUAAAGGGGUUCCAGUUGGAGGAGCCCUUGACCUGGAGAUUCCUCCUCCUCGGCCAAAAAGAAAACCAAGCACUCCUUAUCCUCGAAAGACUGCUACUGGAGCUCAUCCUACACUACUAUUGGAAGAAGAUAGGGACGGGAAGCGAUCAGCUCCAGUUUCUUCAUUCUGUCCUGGUAGAGAAACAUUUGACUUUGUGAAAAAACCACUUCCUGAGGAACCAUGCUCAAACAAAAAAAAUUCAGACAUUACGAAAGAAAACCAGGUUCAGGACCAGGAUAAUUGCUCCAUCACUUUUACCGUUGUUGAAGAAGCUCAAUGUACUUGCCUCUCCUCCACAAACGAAAAUAAGAAAGCAUCCAUGGUGACACCUAGAAGUUCAUGUGCUUACAGAGAAUAUGUAAUUAAUGAGGAAAGUAAACCAUGCAACAACACUACUGAAUCUGGUAUUACCACCAUAGCAAAUGAAAAGCUGAUUAGUGUCGAUUCCAUUGAAAAUAGAAUAAAUAUCUCAGAACAGAGAAAAUAUGAUAUUACAAAUCCUCAUAAUAAUGUUAUGAUUGAAGAUAAGAAAAUAGAGGAAGCAAGGCCUCAUGAGAAUUUUGUGCUACCGUCAAACAGUAUUUCCCAAAUGGGAACAAUACAAGGGCACCUUAAUCCUUUCACUAAUCCAGUAGGAUAUCCAACUUUUCAUUGCCCUUUUACAGCAAUUUGCUACAAACAAGAUGGGUACAGAUCACUCUUUCAUAUGCCCGCCUUUUCGAGUCUUGUCGUAUCUACUCUGCUUCAAAACCCUCCAGCUCAUGAAGCUGCACGAUAUUCGGCUGCCUUUUGGCCUUGCCUGAAUGUAGAAUCUUCAACAAGGCAUAUAAAUCCCACUCCUAGUAUGGAAACAGUUGCUGCUGCUACAGUGGCUGCAGCAACAGCAUGGUGGACUGCCCAAGGCCUUCUUCCUUUUUGCAGUCUUCACCCAGGCUUCAGUUGUCCUCCAGUUUCAAAAUCUGUCAUUGCUGCAGGUGUUGUUCAGUCUACAGAUUCUGAAGAAGGUGUAAUGGAAGAUGAUGCUGGACCAGUAGAAGAAGUACAUGAUAAACCCGCAUUGGACACAAACGUCAAUGUUUCUAGCGAGAUGAAGAACAGAAAUCUGGUUGAUCGUUCUUCCUGUGGUUCAAACAUGCCCUCUGGCAGUGAAGUAGAGAAAGAUGUUGCUGAUAAGACUGAGGAGACCAAAGGGGAGGAACUGAAAGAGUACAAUGCAAAUCAAUCUGAAUAUACAAGUUGCAGCCGUAUUAGGAUUUCUGGAAACACAAUUGAUUAUUGGAAGAAGGUAUCUGAAGAGGGACGUCUGGCCUUUCAGGCACUCUUUUCUAGAGAAACCUUGCCACAGAGCUUUUCAUCUAUGUACGAUGAUCAGAACAAGAAUUUCCAAAAGAAAAGAAGUGAAAAUGGGGAUGACAAAUUGGAGAAAAUGGGGCAAUUAGAAUUAAGCAGCCAUGAAGAAUUAUUGGCUGAUCAGAGGCUGCCCAAGUUUGGACUGGGAAAUGGCAAUACAAAGGGAAAGGGUAGGCGCACAGGAGGAUUCAAGCCUUACAAGAGGUUCUCCGUGGAGGCUAAAUUGGUCAGUAACAGUAAUAGUAGGAUGCUGAAUUCCAGCAUUAUCGAAUGUGAAGAAGACCAAGAUCCUAAGAGAGUACGUUUGGAAGAGAAGAAGGCUUAUUAUAUUUGAUGCCUUUUGAAGCAAUGUGCAAUCGAUAAGAAGGCUUAUUAUAUUUGAUGCCUUUAUUUGAUGUGCACUGAGUAUUUGUGUAUCCAUCACAUUUAAACUUCUCAGCUACAAAUUUCAACCACUAAAAGAACUGAAAUGCACGGAAUUCGUGUAGGCAGGCAUGUGUGGUGGGUGUUUAUGACAUUUUCAUACAACACUAUUACAUCGUGUCCUUAGGCAGGCAUGUGUGGUGGGUGUUUAUGACAUUUUCAUACAACACUAUUACUUCGUGUUUUGGACAACAUAAUAGUUCACAAGUGCAAUAAAUAAAUAAAAGAACUGUGCCUAAUAUUUCUUUUGGAGUU